UAGCAUGACUCUAUUGCGUGAAUAACUGAACACUGCAAUAAUAGUAGGUACAGGAAAUUGCCCAAUUAUGUUUCCAAUAUACAAUAUCUGUUUCAGUGAGAUAAAAAAAUGUAUACACUUUGAUUAAAUAUGACAUAAUUACAUAAAAUUUAAGGAGAUUAUUCAUAGACGUGCUUAAUUAAACGUCUGUAAUAAGUCCUCUUAGUAGUAGAGACGUCCGCCAGGGGUGGGAGUGUCGCUCGCCGCAACAACAGACAGCAUCUGCUGCUGCCUGCUAAAGGGAAACCAGUCUGGAACAAUCGUAGAGAGAAGUCGAUACGCUGGAAAGCAAGUACCAUUUAAAAAUUAUACAGUAGAUGAAGGAUUUUAUACUCGAAACAUGAAUAAAUCAUACAGUUUAUCGUCUUUGAUAAUAUUUGUUAUAGCUAGUGCAGGUGUCCACUGUUUGAAGUUAAUUAAUUUUUCUGUUCCUGCUUGGGUGAGGAAAGGCGAAGGAGUCUGGUUAAACUGUUCUGUAGAUUCUCAGGAGGGUUUAUAUUCAACUAAAUGGUACAAAAAUGAUGUAGAAGUUUACCGUUAUGUACCGAAAGAUACCAUCGAAGAUCAGAUAUAUGAUGCUUCAGGAGUAUAUAUUGAUUUAGCCGUUUCUGCUAAAGGUCAAGUUUAUCUAAAUUAUACAAAUCUGGAUACAGAAGGGUCCUAUCGUUGCGAAGCGUCAGGAGAUACCCCUUAUUUUGUAACAGUGGGUGAAGUUAAAGUUAUGAAAAUAUACGAGCUUCCUGAAAGUGACCCAACAAUUUAUGGCUUAUUACCUAGUUACGAUAUAGGAGAUGAGAUUAAUGCUACAUGCGUGGCUGGACCAUCUAAACCCGCUGCAAAAUUAACAUGGUUAAUUGAUGAUGAGAAGUUAUCAUCGGAUUAUGAAGAAUCCGUUAAUGUUACGAAGAACGAAGAUGGAUUAGAAGUUUCAUCUUCAAAAUUGAGCUUUAUAUUAUCUGAAAAUUUUAUGGGCAGAGAUGAGAUAAGUAUAAAAUGCGUAGCAACAAUAUCACUAUAUGAAUCAGUCAGCAGCGAGGAACUUAUCAUGAAUGAUAAGAACAACACAUUAAAGUCACCAUCCACAGAUGGUACAGAAAAACCGAUAAUAACAGAAGGUCAGCCGGUUUAUCGAAAGGGAGAUUUAGUAAAUGUAAACUGUACGUCACCCAAAUCGUAUCCACCACCCGAAAUUGAAUGGUAUAUUAAUGAUGAAAAAGCUUCUCCCGAAUACAUUGUACUAUAUCCAGUUGAAAAAACGAAUGAAUCUCAAUCGACUGUGGUCGGUUUAAGGUUUAAUAUGGAAUCGACUCACUUCGAUUCAAAACUAAAAUGCACUUCUAUUAUAUUCCAAGUUAUCGACGUCAGAAGUGAUGUAAAAGUUGUGGAGAAUAAUCGAAAAAAUGAACUCCAAAUGGAAGAAAACAGAGGAGCUGACAGUGUUAGAGCCGAAGAUGUUCGUGGUUUGGCCAAUCAUAUCAUGCCCAGAAUAGAAGUGUUAUUAUUAUUACUGCUGCUACCUUUUCUAUGAUGGAAUCGAUUGUCAAACUAGUCAGGUGAUAAACUAUCAAACUGCACUUGUCAGUCAGUCCACUCCCAAGUUCAGUUGACAAAAGCUUGUCUACUUAAACAACUGAAUGCAGUGUUUUAUCGUAAUUUGAUUCGAAAGGUACUUUGUUUCAGGUGCUUAAUUUGUCCGUGUUUUAUCAACAGGCACUCGCUGAAGUUUUGUUAUUUUUAUUUUUUUGUUAAAUUUACAGUCAAAUAUUUUUCAAUCUGUUUAAAUUUAAACUCUCUUCAUCAUUAUAACAGUAACUACAUCUAAAACUGUGACUUGAAAUUUUAAAUAUCAUAGAAUGGAAGAAAGAAAAAAGUUCUGACAUAUAAUAGAAAUAUAUAUAAUCGAGUGAGCAGCUAGUCUACGUAAAUUUGACUAAAAAAAAAAGAAAAUUUUUUUAAUUUAUGAAACUGCCCAGAAUAUUUGAAUAUGAUAAAAAAAAAAGUAAAUAAAUAUAUUUGUCGAAACGACGAUUGGUAGUUCCAAAAAACUACAAGUGUAUUUUGUAUUAUUCUACAAUGUAUAUUCGUGUGACAAAGGUGCUGCUGGCUUAGGCGUAAAUGUAACUUAUGAUGUCACUUCCAGAAGGUUCUAGGAAGUUUCUCGAACUAACAUUUUUCAAAGUGUAGUAUAAAAAAAUCAGUAAUUAGAAAUGGCAUUUGUAUUUUUUCGCCCUUUUUUCCACUAAAAACAAUUACGUCUACGUGAAGUCUAUAUAAGUAUACAUAUAUAAGAAAAAAUACAUAUAUAUUUCCAUCUCUGAUUAAAAUAAAAAUUACCCCCCUCGUAUAGUCAUUUUGAUAUUAAAAAUAUUUUUUCUUCUUCGUACAGUAGUCUAAAAUAUUAUUUUUCUAUUAAAAAAUAAAAAUUAAUAAAGUUUAAACAAUUAACAUAAUUAUUCUCAGCUGUAGAUAUUUAUUCUUAAGCUACAGUAUCUCUCCUGGAAACAUUUUAUCGCCAACUAAGAACAAAUUUGCAGUUUUUUUUCAUUUUAAUUGUCAUUAAAGUGAUAGUUUUAACAGUUUAAUUAAAUUAAUAAAUAUUCUGGCAUUAUUCACAGAAUUCCCAUAAAUUAAAAUUAACAUCAUUCUCUGAACUAAUAUUAAUAUCAUAGUUUGAAUUUAAUUAGCUGUAUUAAAAUCAGAUGUUGACAAUUUAUCAUAUCGAAUUUUAAUCAUUAAAAUAAUUGAUAGGAAUUUAUAAAAAUAAAGUAAUUACGAUUCUACUAAACAGGAAACGUCACUAUAAGUCGAACAGUUGCAUUCCAUAUUUGUUAAAUGGUUCAGUUGACAUUCCUUUGUAUGCACCUUUAUUUUUUUAAUUAAUAAAAACUGUGAUAAAUAUCUCACAGUUAAAUUAUGUGAUGAUUAUUAUAUAUAUAUAUAUUUAAUGUAGUUUAAUUAUUGUAUAUAGCAGAAGUAUAUAAAUUGUGCCGUUGUAUUCGUACGAAUGACAUA